AUGGCCUCUCAUCCUCCUUCCACUUGUUGUCUUAAAGCUUCUUUCCAUGAAGGUACCCCAAUUGGUAAACAUCAAGAAUUAUUUGGUGUAGAUACUUAUGUUGUUGGUGAAUCAGAUAAAGUAAUUGUCAUCAUGACUGAUAUUUAUGGUAACAGAUUCAACAACAUUAUGUUGAUUGCUGAUGAAUUUAGUAGAAAAGGUUACAAGGUAUUAAUCCCAGAUAUUUUAUUAAAUGAUGCCAUUGAAUAUGGUAAAUUUGAUUUUAGUACAUUUGGUGAAUGGAGAACUAGACAUACUCCAGAAAUUACUGCUCCAAUCGUUGAUGGAUUCUUAAAACAAGUUAAGCAUGAGAUUAAUCCAAAAUACUUAACUGCUAUUGGUUAUUGUUUCGGUGCUAAAUAUACUGUUCAACAAUUAGCAGAAGGUAAAUAUCUUGAUGCCGGUGCACUUGCUCAUCCAUCAAUGGUUACCAUUGAAGAAGUUCAAGCUAUUGCCAAACCAAUUUUAAUCUCAGCUGCUGAAGUCGAUCAAAGUUUCACUAGAGAAUUAAGAUAUCAAACAGAAGAAGAAUUAACCAAAAAGGGUAAUGUUAGAUUCCAAAUUGAUGUUUUCCAAGGUGUUACUCAUGGUUAUGCUGUCAAAGGGGCUGAAUCCGAACCUUUAACUAGAUAUGCUAUAGAAAAGACUUUACAAGAUCAAGUUUGUUUCUUAGAUCAUGUUAACUCUUUAAGAUCAACUUAG